AUGAGCUUUCUCUUUAAGGCGGUAUUGGGGCAGCGCGUGGUGCACCCGCCUGCGCCGGAGAGCGACAAGAAGUCGCACGUGGCGGCAAAUGGGGUAUGCGACACCAAGCCGUCAGCGGUGUCUGUCACGAAGCCGGAGCAUGCAUCUUUGGUCAACAACGGAGCUCACGGCAAGAUCUCUGCACCAAAGCCGAGUGGUGAAGCUGCGGCGUCACCUUCCUCGCGUGCCGGGCCAUCCGUCACCGCAUCCGCGUCCUCGCCGUCGCCGCCGUCGCCGCGACCUAGCACGCCAACGCGGACGCUGCUUCUGCGCAUCGAAGGCUGCACAGUGGCGCAGGAUAUCCGUGACGCGCAGCGUGACCUCUUGCGCUGUCCUGACCUUCCAUACGCGCUAGAUGCAACGUCGCUGAAGUCGCUGCUCGAUUUGCUGGUCAGUUACGCCGAUGAUGAGUCGAUUACGGAGCCGACGCUGCAUCUGCUCACCAACGCCACGGACGUGGACUUGUACCCUGACGAACUGGAGUCGAACCGUAGCGUUGUCGAAGUCAACGCGGCGGCCAAGCGGCAAGCGAGGGAUGCGCUGCUACAGCCGCUCUUCGAUGAGGUGCCAUUGUUGCUAGACUCGAUGAAAACAACAGCACCAUUUUGGAGUCGCUAUUAUGUGGUUGUUCUGCUUCAGCGUCUGGAGGAGUUUGAGCCGUACAGGCUGAGUCAGUCCCUUCUUGGCGCCCGAGGCAUCGGCGUUUUACUCGACGCGUUGAACGAGGCCGAGCACGAUUUCCUGCUGCGUAAUCAGGCUUUGGUGCUUCUCACAUCGCUGACCUUGGCCGAUGCGGAACUGCAGACCCUUCUGGCCUUUCACAACGCCUUCGACUCACUCUUUGAUGUGAUCCAGCGUGAGGGCGGUGUACGGCAUGGCAGAUCCAUUGUGCAGGACUGCCUGACGGUGGUGCACAACAUGCUCCGCUCGAACAAGGCAACCCAGAAAUUCUUUCGUGAAAUGGGCUGUGCUGCACGGCUGGCGGUCCUGUUCGACUCCGUCCCGUCCGAGCUGGCGGCCUGCACGCUCGUGAAUCACAGCCGAAGCGGCAGAGACAACAGUUCUCCAGGCUCCGUAGAUCCCCAACCGACAGUGUUGACCGAGAAGCUGGAGGCACUCCUUGACGUUACCAGGACUUCCAAGUCGAUGCUAACCGUGCUCAUGUCCGUUUCCAUUCUCGCGUGCGUCCUGCGCGCCGUCGACGAGGGCGACGAGGAGCGGCACUCCACGCAAGACGCCCUCCUUCGAUGCGGUCUUCUGACUUCGCUUGCUCGCCUCGCAUUCAGCGGUCUGCUCAUCGACGACGCCACCCGAAUCGAAGCAGUGCGGGUGCUGGCAUUGCUGCUGAGAGACUCCCGGCAGGCGGUGGAGGAAUGGCUGAACCUCCCGCCGGUCACAACUCUCGUCCGAGCUACUCUGCCCUACACAGUGCAGGUGUGGCCGGCUCCGCGCGCGCUGCUCGCAUACGUUUGCGAGACAACCGACACAACGCUCGUCAAUGCUGGUGUGCAGCUCUUUACGGCGGUGCUGAGCGUGCCUGCCUGUCAUGAGCGCUCAGUUGGCGUGUUUCUGAGCGGGUUGGUGUCGCCGACGCUGGAGUGUGGUGCUGGCCGAAGCGGCCAUGAAGCAGGACAAGCUUGGACUACCACGACGUCACCCCCCAGGAGUCUCCACGCGGGCAACGCCAGCACCGUCAAUGCGGACGCGCAGUGUGGCGCGGCGCUUGCGCGGGUGCUGCUCUCGUCGCGAACGUCAGCUAUAGAGAAGUUCUACGCCGCCCAGGUGCUGCGCGCGCUGGUUGUGGUGCCUGGUGCCACUCCAGUGCUCCAGGACCUCGUGCACGCACCGGUGCCGCCGCACCUGCAGGUGUCGACACUGGACGGCCUUGUCAAGGCGCAACCGGGAUGGACGCUGUCCUCCCGCCUGCCGCCAUCCCUCUUCAACUACAUCGUCACCUUCGUGCUUUUGUGCCUCAGCGGUGGUGCGGCGGCACAGCAGGUGAACACGGCGGCUCUCGGUGCGUACGUUGGGGCGCUGCUCGCGUGGAUGGGUUCUUCUCCCGUGGCGGCUGCCGCGUUUGUUGAGGAAGUGUCAUGGGGUGAGGCGCUGCUUCACCAGACCCGCCGCGACGGCGCCGCCCAUCUUCGGUUGUGGUCAGCUGUGCUGAUCGCUAGUGCCUGCGUCAUGUCAAUGACGGUGACGACCGCCGCUGCCGCCCCACCCACAGUCGCGGCGGCGGCAACGGCUCUCACGCGCCGGUUUAUGCAGAUGGUGGGCGGUGGGGCGGCUCUUGACACGAUCCUCUUUGAUCUGAAAGCCAGCACGCCGGUGUGGCAACACCCCGUGGCGAGCGGACUGCGAACACAGAACCCCACCCCGUACGAUGAGGCUAUUGUGGGACUGGUGGAGCAGCUUGUGACGGACUUCAAGCAACUCUUGGACAGCGUUGCGGGGUCUGCAUCGCAGGUGGCACGUGCGACAAUGGCGCUGCCGCCGUCCAUACACCCUGCACAGCACCAGCCCGACGAUACGCAGACGGAAAACCGAGUAGCGUCAGAAGCGGUUGCACCGCCGCCGCUGAAGGGGCAGGCGGGUCCGUUGCCAUCGAUGCAGCCGCCUUCUUGUAGCCCCGCUGUUGCGUCGCUGGGAAGCCUCGUGCACAACAGUAUGCCGUCUGGCGACUUGCUGGCUGAGCCUUCUCAACCACAGCCUCUGGGCACCCCACUGCACCCGGUAGGAGCCCCUCUUGUGCCAGACGCGCACACGCGCGACAUGGUGGCUGCGCUGCAAGCGGAGCUGGAGGCCGCCCGUACGGAGAAGGUGAACCUCACGAACGCGCUGGGAGAGUGGCGCGAACGGGCUGAGCGGACCGCUGCACAGUGCGCUGUCCUGGAGGAGGAGCAGCGGAGGCAUGCCGCCGCGGCCGCGGAAGCAGAGCGCAUUCGACUGGAGGAUGCGGCUGCUUCGGCAGCGGAGGCCGCGCACUCGCACGCCGCAUCGGCUGAGGUGGUCAACGAACUUCACGAGAACAUCCGGCUGCUUGAAGAGGCACUGAGCUCGAAGGAAGAGGAGCAUCAGCAACUGGUGGAGUCGCUGAACAUGAUGGAGGAGCAGCUGCGGCACGUUUCAAACGCCACUGCGGCCGCUGCUUCUCAGCAGCAGGAGCUUCGCCAGCAGCGACAGCAGCAGCAAGAGCAACAGCAUCUUCCAUCUCCGGAUGUGAUUGCCGCGAUGGAGGUGGAGCGCGAUGGGGUGGUCAAGCAGCUUGCGCAAUCACAAGAGGAGACUGCACGAUUGCAGCGCGCUCUGCAAGGUGUCAGUAGCGACUACAGCGAACUACUGCUCCUUGUAGCGGAGCUCAACGAGGAGUGCGUGUCGGUGAAGGCGGGCUCGUCCAUAGCAGACACGCCGGCACGGCCGUGGCCUGAGGAUGGUGGCCUCAGUCUGAAAAGGGUGGUUGAUGCGCCUCAAGUGCCAGCCGUCUACGACGGUGCCAUGAGUGACAAAACCUUCUUCACUAGUGCGGAGAUGCUACCUGGGACGACUGCUACACCGCAGCGGGUGCGGUGGGGGGACACGGCGGAUACUGCGGCAACUGGCAUGUUGAAAGUGCAAGGACAAGAGCCGGUGCCCACUACACAGGCGUCAGCCCUUGUUGUGACUAUCGAAGGACAGACGAGUACGGGUGCAAACUGCAGGCCUGGUGCGUCCAUGGACGCCUAUGAAGCGGCGACGGAUGUCACCGUUCACCCUUCGGACGCGCGAACUCCUGGCCAUGCUGUCGCGGCCCCUCUACCGGCCCAGCAGUCGAUUCCGUUGUCGGCAGCGCCAGCCAAUGCAUUCCCGAUUUCCAGCCUAGCGGUGUCGCAGACGGAAGCAACACCGCCUUCGCUCGUCCCUCCGCCGCGGCCCGACGGAGAGCAACAGCAACAUACACACCAGCCGCCGCCUCCUCCGGCAAGUCAUGCCCCUUCUUCACCGCCACCGCCACCGCCCGCAGCGGCGCACAACCACCCGUUUCAGCGGUCUGCGCUGCAAGCCCCUCGCUACCCUGAUCUGCCGGCCAUAUUCUUUGGUGGUGGGGACGGCGCUUCUGUAGGAGCGCAGCUGCUACAACAUUCCGUCUCCAACGCUGGUGGCGAGCAGCACUCGCACGAUGGGAGACCACCACCGCCGCCGCCGGCCGCGCAGUGUUCGCCUCAGCUAACUGCGCUGUCGCAUCGCUUUCCAGUACCAAGGAGGCAGUGUGCUUUCCUUGCCAAGGACUCAUCGCAGAAUUCCGACCCCGCGGAGAUGCAGCACAAAGACGGACUGGUGGACAAUACAGUGCGUGACUCAGCGAGAGGGGUGCCACCGUGGGGCUCUCGAAGUACGCAAGAGGCAUCAGUGACGGACAACGUGUUGGACGCCAGGUAUAAUACCCUCAACAUUUCAGCUACGCACCAUUCUGCACAACGGAGUGCAGAGGGCGCCCCCGCUGCUGCUGUGGUCACCACCUCCGGCGUUGCUCUUCUGAAUCAUUUCUUGGCCAGCGCUGAAAGCCCCGAGGAUAACCCAUUCGCGAUGGCGAGUGGCGACGACACGCUUCUCGGAAGCGGCGGAGACCUCGAGAUGGGAGUAGAGGAAGCCAGGGACCACGCUGCAGCUCCCUGGACCACGGGGGAGCCGUCUUUUGUGACAAACGCACCACCGCAACCACAAACUGCGGCUGCGCCGAGCAACAGCGCAGGGAGCACAAGCCAGACACCCCUUCGUGGUGUACCUGGGAUCGCGUCUCUCAAAGCCAACAAACCAAGCAGUACUCCCACAACGGCCUACAACCCGUUUGCGGACCUCAACGCCAGUGGCGAUGACGCCGAUGACGGUUUCGGUGACCUGCGCUAA